UUGGCCUCCGACAUGUCUCUGUGGAAUACUUUCAUCUGAACGUUCACAUUACCUGAACAGCCAGUGGUCUCGCUCUGUCAUCCUAGGUCUGCUCUGGACUUUGGAUUAUUGUGUUCGUGAAUGGUUUGCUCCUCAUUCUCACACAAGUUCUAGGAAUGUGGCUGAACAAUGUGGUGUGAUGGUUAAGCCGGAUGACCACACUUCAUUGUUCUUAUGUUUCGAGAGACAAGCCUUUAUCAGCAUGGUAUUUGUACAUUUGCGAGUUCAGGCCUUGCAUUUCCAGCGCCUGGAUGGGAUGUACUAUAUACCAAAUUUCAUGGUCGCUGACACGUGAACAUGGACGAACAAAAGGAUGAUCAGAUUGACCAAGAUGACAGCACUAACAACUCUAAAAAGAAGCAGUCACUUACAGCCUGCCUGUUGUGUGCCGCCUUCUUUGGCUCCCUGGGCUCAUCUUUCCUUUAUGGCUACAACCUCUCUGUGGUCAACGCUCCUGCUCUGUACAUUAAAGCUUUCUACAAUAAGACAUGGAUUGAGAGAUAUGGGGAGCCUAUUUCAGCGGAGACGGUGACCCUCCUCUGGUCCAUCACAGUGUCCAUAUUUUCUAUUGGAGGCCUUUUUGGAGCCCUGUCUGCCACGUUAAUCAUCAAAGUACUGGGCAGAAAGGGGACCUUGCUGCUGAAUAACAGCUUUGCUGUAAUAGCUGCUGUGCUUCUGUCUCUGGGUGAAAUGUCAAGAUCUUUUGAGAUGCUCAUCAUUGGACGACUCAUUAUGGGGGUGGACUCUGGUAUUGCUCUCAGUGCUCUUCCCAUGUACCUGGGAGAAAUUUCCCCAAAACACCUCAGAGGUAUGAUUGGCCAGUUCAACUCCAUUCUAAUCUGCUUAGGAGUGUUCACUGGGCAAGUGCUGGGGCUGCCUGAGCUGCUGGGUCAGGAGUCCACCUGGAUUUACCUGUUUUCCUUCCUUGCGUUGCCUGCAAUGCUACAGCUGUGUGUGCUCCCCUUCCUCCCUGAGAGUCCUCGCUACCUGCUGAUGGAGAGGAGGGAUGAGGCUGGAGCGGAAAAAGCCUUUCAGAGGUUUUUGGGAAAGAAGGAUGUGUCCCAGGAGCUGGAAGAGGUCCACAUGGAGGCUCGAGCUCAGGACAAACUACACACCGUCUCUGUGUUACAGCUGCUGAAGAGCCCAGCUGUUCGCUGGCAGCUCAUAACUGUCAUCAUCACCAUGGCCUGCUAUCAGCUCUGUGGCCUCAAUGCAAUCUGGUAUUAUACAAAUGGGAUUCUACGGGAAGCAGGCUUUACUGAGAGCAUACUUCCCUACAUCACACUGAGCACAGGUGCCAUAGAGACUCUGGCUGCCAUCAUCUCAGGCUUGGUGAUAGAACGAAUUGGCAGGAAGCCCCUUCUCAUAUUUGGUUUCUUUUCCAUGGCCGUGUUCUUCAGCCUACUCACAGUUUUUCUUAAUUUCCAGGAUAGAGCAUCGUGGAUGCCGUACCUCAGUUACGUCUGCAUACUUGCUGUGAUAGCCUCCUUUUGCUCUGGACCAGGUGGCAUCCCCUUUAUCCUGACCGGGGAACUGUUUGAACAGUCUUAUCGACCUGCUGCCUUCAUGAUCGCUGGCACAGUAAACUGGCUAUCUAACUUUGCUGUGGGCCUCCUUUUUCCAUUUAUUCAAGAGACGCUGCAGUCCUUUUCCUUCCUUGUGUUUGUGGCAGUCUGCAUUCUGGGAUCCAUAUACCUCUAUGUCGUCCUCCCGGAAACCAAAAAUAAAACCUUUAUGGACAUCAGCCAGAGCUUUGCCAAGAUUAAUAAAAUGCCCAUCCCCUCGCCUGGUCAGGAAAUGGAGCUGGUUCUGUCCAUUAACUCUGACACAAAUGGAAAAGCCCAAGAUGCAAACUUCCUUGUAAAUGAAGGAAUGAAGCACAGUCAUAAUCGAGAAGCAGGGUCAAAUGUGUGAAAAUAUUUCUUGUUUUUACAUAUUUACUGAGCAUAAAUUAAGUAAA